AUCUCUCUGACUUCCGGAGGCGUCUGAUUCGUUGUGGAUGACAUCAGCUGUGGAGUGAGUGUGCGAAAAAAGCACCCGGCGCCCUCUUCUCUCCCCGGUUACCGAACAUGACACAAUGUCUGCUGGUAUAAAAAGCUAGGGCCACUCCUAUCCUCGCUCCACUUGUAUGUCUGGAGACCACCUCAGUGCUCUGACUGCAGUGGCGAAUAGAGGGAGGAGGCUGCUGCUGCUGCUGUUUGGAUCCUGCGCGCGUACAGGAGAUAAAAGAGAGAGAUAGAGACACAGAGGAGAGGCGAGAGGAUGGCCACACUGGUAGAAUCGGCAGAAAUGGGGACUUUAGGCGGCCAAAGCAACACCGGGGCGUCUCCAACCUCCUCCAGCCCCUCGCAGCACUUUAACGACGGCAAAUUUUAUCUGCUGGUGGUCAUCGGGGAGAUCGUAGCGGAGGAUCACCUCAAGUGUGCCAUUGCGGACAUAGAGAAAGGUAAGAUGGUGGUGGUGGGGGGGUGGCUGUAGGCCAAAACAGGGCUGAACUUGAAUCCUACAACAACUCUAACAGAGCUGCACAUUUUUAACGCUUGAUUGAUGUCUGAGUAAGUGAGGAUGCACCUGUUUGUAACGCGAGAUUUUACGCACGAUAUGAUUCCUGCGCAAAUUACGCACACAAACAAGUCAUUAAUACCAACAAAAUUUGCUCACUGCUCAAACUAAAGUUGAUGCUAUUAUAAUAAGGGUUUAAAACAGCCCCUCCCUUUAGUAUUUCAAUAAUAUUGCACCAAAUCCAAUCUCCAGUUCAAGCCCCUUAAUCCACAGGUGCCUUCUUUCCACCCACCCACUGUCUUAAAGAGCACCUAAACUGAAUUUUAUAGUUUCCCCCUGUCUUAUUUAUGUCACUAGGCCCAAUUGUUGUCAUCCACACACGUGGGCCAGCUCCUCUACCGAAGCAGGCAGCAGUGAUUCAGCAGUAAAUCUGAACUAUGCGUCAGUAAUGCAGUGUAAAUCAUGUCUUUGGUGCCAGCGCAGCUGCGUCUACUCUCCCCCUCAGCACCUUGCCAAAGCUUUAUUCAGGUGCGUCAGGCUUUUGUUUCAAGAGAGAGGAGGGUCCCACGCAGCAGAUUACAGUCAGGAAGAGACGACAGGUUUUAGAGCAGCAUUAUCUGUCUGUUUACGAGGAGGGAAGCGUUUUCUGCUCGAAGAAAAACGCUUUGUGUCCAAAUAUCACCGCCUGUCGGUGGAAAAAGAAUCAUUUUGCAUCUAAUUCCGCCCGAACAUCUCUCCAUCUCCGCAUCCAGCUCUCUCAUCCCUCACCGGCUGGUGGGCGUGGCUCGGUCCGCACUGCGGUCCCUACGGAAAGCCACAAGGAACGAUUUUCAAAACGGAGAAGCAGCAGGGCGGUUUAGAAAUGCUACAGCUGCUGGAGUAGUGUGGUGGUCUGAGUGCCGUGUGUGUGUGUGUGUGUGUGUGUGUGUGUGUGUCUGUUUGUGUGCGUGUGCGGGGGAGAAUAUGGCGCAGUUUGUUUGUGGGUGUGAAAACAAAGCUCAAUAUCAGGGAUAAAAACUAUUCAGACCUUUUAUAUUCUGAGGUUUACGCUACCAACGAGGAUUACACUUUCUUUAAGUCACCAUUUUAUUUUAUAAAUUGUUAAACUAAUUCACUUAAUUAUGAAGUUUUCAUACUGUUUGACUCUGAGACUAAAAGUUUAGUCUUGACCUUGAAAGAAGUCAGACAGGUCUUAUUUUUGCAGCUUUUCUUUAGGUUUUGGUUUUCUGAUAGACUCCACCCAGUUUUUAAUCACCCAGGUUUCAAGACCUUUUCACUGAACACCUUUUAAUAUUUGACUUUUGAGUAUUAGUUCUGUUUCUGUCACAUAUUUUCAUUUUGUAGCUUCUUCACUCAGACUAUGUAUGGUUGCACAUUUUCAUUUUUAACUACUAUAUAUUGACAUCUUUAGGUUAACUUUAAAAAAAUCUGCAUCAUAGUAAUAAACCUAUUAUCAAAACUGUUGUGAUGUUUAUCAUAGAUGUGUAGAGGAUAGCUUCUCAAUACUGCAGUGCAUAGUUGUUUUACAAAGUUUCAAAAAGUCAGCCCCUGAAACACGUUCACGCUAAGAUUAUGAAACUUGGUAGACUUCUGGAUCACACCCAGACCUACAAAAAGGUGACUUAAAUCCUUGUUUUAAAACUUACAGGAAGUCCAAUAUUUUUAACUUUUAGGGUUUUUCAGGACUUUUUCAGGACCAAUAGGGUGAAUCAGUUUCAAAACAAAUUCAGUGUAUAGCUAGAAAUUGAUCAGGACUCUAGACAAAAUUCAAAGGGUGUGGCAAAGUUUGAUAUCUUGCCAUAUGUGCACAAUCUGCACGUUUGUGUGAGUAACUCCAACUCAAGUUCACAGGGUCCAAAAACCCCAAACUUUACAGCAUUAGAGUUUGUUUAUAAAAGCAGGUUUUUACAGUUUUUGUCACAGUGUCGCUCACUGGUACUCAGUAAGAAUCAUUACAUGACCUAGUUCAGUAAGAUAACAUACUGUACGCUUUGUGCUGGUUCUCUGUGUUGUGUCUGAAACACAUGAACAUUCAGAGCUGUUUUGACUGAUUUUUUUCCAAUGGAAACAGUGGCUCUGUGGCUGCAUAUCACUUGAUAUUCAGUGUAUCCUAACAUACUAUAGGUCUAUUCAAUGUUGUGUGUUUAAGUUUCAAUAUACUAUUGUGUAUAAUCAGGUGUCAUUCUUUGUUGUGAUACCAUUUCAGGCGCUCAUAGAUUAGAGAAAGAAGAAUUAAACUGUAAGUCUGUCAUCACAGUUGGUAUGAUUUCCGACCUCUGCCACACCCUUCUUCAGGCUGGCUGCAGGCUUUAAAAACAAAUAUAGGAGUUAAAUGAAAAUUUCUGGACUUCACUCAAAAUGAAAUACUAAAAUUCUCUGUUUUUGGUCCUUAAGCCUCCAUUCCACUAAAGGUGUAGUGACCAGAGGCCUUCAGUCAGGCUCGGUCUUUGCACCCUGAAUUCAACUGAAGUGACCUGUGCAUUUGUCCAUCAUGUUCAGACAGAAACUAGGCUAUAGAUAUUUCCUAUUAUAGAUUUGUUUUCUCUUGCCAAACCAGAUCAAGUCCAUACAUGUCCCCUCUAAGUCUGUCCAAUGAGCUGCAGUCACAGGGUGAGCACGACGUGUGUGUUUGUUUGUGAGGGUGAGAUUGAUGUCUGCUGUCUGGAUUGAUUUAUCCAUCUGCAGAGCAAACACAUGAUCGUCCUCCUCGGUGUGUUUCUCGACUUUUUUCUUGGUGCUUAAAUGUUGUGCGUGUUUGUUUUUCUUGCAGGGAUCCGCUCAUGGGACACAAACCUCAUGGACUGCAACCUAGACCAGGAGCUGAAACUGUUUGUCUCCAGACACUCGGCUCGAUUUUCUGCAGACGUUCGAGGUAAACUCGAAGGAAAAGACAUUUUCACUGAUAAUGAUGCACUCAAGACAUACUGUCCUUGCAGAAAAAGAUGCUUUCUGUUCAUUUAUUCAAUUCAACUCACACUUAAGAAUAUCCUUCAACAUACUUCAGACUCCUUUCUAGAGUCCGGAAAAAGACAGACCAGUAAAGAGAAAUAAAAUGAAUGCAGUAAAAUGUCUACAAUGAUUUAACCAAAAUUAUUUUACUAAAACAUGGUAAAUAACACCCUUAAGUUGAGGCUGAUUAAAAUAAUGUCUGCAGACACCGCAGGCAAGUUUGUUCAUGUAGCUGCUGUCAAGCAACACCAACAUCAUCUUAAAUCAAAACACGUUAAAUUACAGAGGAUCCAAUCCAACUGUUUGAGUCAAGUUUUAAAUUAAUAUUCUGUUGUUAUGUUUAGAAUAAUACAGUAUUAGUAUCUUUAUGGUCAGACACCUAUGCAGCCCAAAGUCAAACAUAUUUUUCAAUUUCACAAAUUUAUCCAAAAUCCAUCUGAAACACUGAGAUACUGGCUGAGAUAACAACAUAUAUAUGAUAGUGAUAUGCAUGAAAUAAUGACAGUUGCUGGUAUGAAAUCAUUAUAUUUUAUGAAUGCAAGAAAAUAACAGUAACAUUAUAUCGGUAUUGUAAACUGGCCAUUGGCUAAGCUCUGUAAAUACUGGCUACUGAAGAACCCAUAUCAGUCGACCAUUGAAUGUGAAUAAGUUCCUAGAAAAUAUACUGAAAUCAAUUAGUUAUUCUCUUUUUAAAGACUUUUAUUGUCCAUGAUCAAAUUCUUUAUUUUUUGAUGAUACUGAUUUGCUGCAGAGAAAUUCUGGCUCACCGUGUUAUCACAUUUGGAGAGCUGAAUCAUCGCUUCAUUUUCAGACUCAGUGGCGUUGCUCAUUAACCCACAAUUAACUCAAUUAUUUCUCUAUGAUUUAGCAAUUUCUGGAGCUAAUCCCAAAGGUGGCUGUUAGAGACUGAAUUUGCUUCUGUUGUGAUUAGAAUACAUGGUGAAUGUUAAUUUCUCGUUUAUCCCAAAAAGGCAGAGAUAGUGCAAAGCUGUGAAAUAUGCACAGGAUUAAAUCAUGUAAAGACAACAUGAUAAUCCUGCUUGUAUUUAUACUCAGGUUGGUUUUAAUCACCCCUAAACUCUUCUCCAACACAGAACCUGAGUAAAAUACGCUCACAUGCCACAGCACAUUUCAUCAGUCUUGUGUCUGUCGGCUAUAACUCCUGUGCAGCACACUAAGCAGAAGGUUUUUUAUUACCUCUCCGUGGAUACGCCCUCUCAGCAGCUCCUUGCACUGAGCUUUCAUGGCUGUAUUAUUUGCAAGGUGAGGGAGCGGCUCCAUAAAGAUGGAGCAGAUCCAAUGACCAGGACAUGUGGGCUGUCAGUGGGCAGUACGGCCUUGACAGUCUGCAGCCUCUGCUUGGCUCGGCUCCAUAUUGAAUCUGACCAGCAGGGCUCCAUACUGCACAAUAGAUUGAUCCAGCCUGCAAACUGCAGACUAAACCUGAUGGCUUGUUUUAAUGCAGAUAUCGAAUCUCAGAAUUAGGCUUAGAGAGGUGAAACAUAAUAGGUUCAAAGAAGGAGGCUAAUUUAUAUGUGAUGGCAUUCGGAGACUCUCCUUUCUUCCUUUUAUCCUCCCCCUUGUUUUUACCAUCACAUCUUCCAUCCUCUAUUCUUCUCUCUCUCUCUUUCCUCCUUGCGAACUGUUGCCUUGCAACCCAGCUCUGGAUACGCAGUUGAUUCGGGGGUAAUUAGCAGUGCCAAAUCCCUCGUGGCGAGUGUCCAUGAUAAUAAAGAAGGGAGGAGAGCACAGAGGACUGAGGGAACAGAGGGGGUGAGGGGAAAGACAGAGAAAGCAAACAAGGGAGCGAGGAAGGGGGUUGAGGUAGGAAAGAUGAAAAGGAAGAAUAGUGAAUACAGAUGCAAGUGAUAAAGAAGAUGUGACAUAGCUGUGAUCUGUGAAUGAAUGAGGCCAAGAGUGAGAGAGUUAAAGCUGCAUAAUCAGUUUAACUGAUUUAUAUUGUCUCCUAAAACUCUACGCCUCUGGCUUUUCGCUAAGUCUCUUUCUCAAGGGGAGGAUUUCUGUAGUCUUUUAACUUUUCUUUGCUCUAUUAAUUCAUGCAAUGCUUUAAUGGAGGACUUCUUAGAGAACUACAUUAUUUAGUAUGACAUUAAUGAGACAUUUAUGUUCAUUACAGACGGUUCUCUUUAAUAAAGUUGUUCUUCUCAUUCGCAGAAAUGCUGUAGAAAUAAUGGCUGUAGGUUAACUUGUAGUUUGCUCUGGUAUGCUUAGAGGGAGUUUUUGGAAAUAAAGGAAAUAUUGAGUAAUAUCCCAAUGUAAGUGUUUCCCCAGAGUUAGAUGGAAACCCCAACAGAUCACCUUCUAAAUAUGAAGCCACAGCAAGCAGCUAACUUGCCUAGUUUUGUAUGAACAAGAGUGAGCAACAGUAACUUCACUCAACCAUCAUAUUUUUACAGUAAAAAUAUAAGUGCAGGGUGUCAAUCUUCUCAUCUCACUCUAACCAAGAAAGCAAAGGAAACCAUUUUGAUGCUGAGCUAUUCCUUUGUCCAUAAACUUAAAAAAACUAUCUUUAUGAACUAAGCUUUACUUCAUACUAUCAUAGCCAAAAAGAAAAAUCAAAGGGAAACAACAAACCAGCAGGUGGUGUCUGCGGUUGGAGGGACAAUGCAAUUAUCUGUCUCCUUGACAGAUGACGUGACAUCCAUCAAACUGCCUCCAUGUGCAGGAAACCCGGACCCCACAGAGACGAGGAGAAGGGGAGGGGAAAAAAAGGGCAAGACUGGAGACCCCCUGUGCUCCCCCUUGAUGAAUUUGUGAUAUGUCUGGUUACAUACACUGUAAAUUCUGCAACCCUGAAACAGCAGUCUCUGAAACACAAAUCUAUUCACUAAUCAAUAUUUAAUAAAGGCUGUGUUGACUUUGACAAACACAUUUGUCCGAGAUAAAGAUCCUCCUGUAUUUUCAUCAAUACAGACCUUUUUUCAUUUAAUAUCUCUUUAGCUCUUGACCUUGGUUGGAAAUGUUGUAAACUAGAGGAUUGAUCAAUCACACAUGUAUUUGUAUGCAUCAGCCAUCAUAACCAUGCUUUAAAACUUUGCAACUUAUGAACUUUUACAGACUUUUCCAUUUUUCUUUCUUGACUUUUUUUCCAAGUUUGAGUUUCAUAUAGAUCCAUGUUUUGUUUUUCUUAUGCAUUGAAAUGCAUUUAAUUACAUACCUUAUGGUAAAUGUAUGUCCCUUAAAUCAGGGAAAAAUCAAAUAUAGUAUUUUUUUAACUACUAAAAUAUGACACUUAAUCAAAACUGAUCUGGUAUUUGCAGAUUCUGUGAUUUAAACAAUAUAGUUACAGUGUCCUGGUGCUUCAAACUCAUUUUAAGGCUGAAAUGAAGAAUUACCCAUCCUAUAUUUUGAUAUAUUUUGAUAGAGUAGCCAGGAUGACUGGCAUAGCCACUGUAGUACUAAUAGAAAUCCAGUGUCUUAAGAUGCUAAUGCAAUAAUUAUUUUCCUUUGACUGCCAGGUUGUCAUUCGUUUUGAUGGGAUAAUUCGUUGAAGCUUGAAUUGAUUUUUUUAGUCACUGAUGACUCAACGCAGGCGACUGACUGUGUAGUGACUCAGACAUCUUAACGGUGUGAUAAGCCCCGUGCACAGAUGUAUCACAUAUACUGGUUCCCUUUUUUCAGUCCGGCUGUUUGGGAACCAUAGAUCAAGUGACUGAACUCAGGGGAGCCCCCGCCUUUGCUGCUGAAAGUCACCGUGAUCAAUUAUUCUAUUAACAUGGAAACAGAAGAGGCAGCAGGAAGAAAUGUGCUGAUGCACACAGGGAAUCCAUCGGGGCUGCUGAGUUAUAAUCCCUACCUGUGAGGGGUCUUUUUGACUUCAGAAGAGGAGACUCUGAAUUUAGUUAUUCCACUAAUCUAUUUUUGGUGCAGUGCCAUCCUCAUUGAUGUUCCUCUGUCUGGCUCUGUCUGGGACAGACCGGCUACACCAGUCUUAUACUUUCUAUUCAGCCGGAAAGGGAAUGCUCAAUGGUGCAUGUCACAUUACCUUGCCUACUGCUGAGAUGGAGGCAUGCUGGGAGUUAAGGAUUUUUCUAUCGAUCAAGGUAAUUGUCAGGGUCGAUCAAGCUCCAGUGAACAAUCUGUCAUUUUUUUGACGAGUUGGCCCAGACACACUGUAAUUUGGCAAUGUUACAGUGGUGGUGGUGAUGGUUAUGCUGGCUGUACUGUGCCACAGUGGUCCUUAGCUGUCUAUUCUGUUGUCUGUCUCAUUGCAUGAAAUGCCAGUAAGCAGGGCGUGCCCCACAGAUAGAUAGACAAAGAACAACAAAUACUUUUAUAAUACAAUGGAGUCAGAGAUGUAGCUUGUGCCGGGUGGCCUUGACAGGAUGGAGGAUAGAUUUUUAGGACUGGUUGUUCUCCCAUUUCACAGAUCAAUACCACCACUUCCUUAGUCAGUCUUAAAAGAGCUCAGUUUGUCAGUUUGAGAUGCUGUCUCCUCAGAACAAAGCUGAGACCGGCUCUGCAAAAGCCAACUCAGAUAGUUGUGGUGUGAGACUGACACUAAUCCAUACUUAAUUGCAUGCAAAGGGAGGAGACUCUGUAGAGAAGUUGUUUAAAACAUCUUAAAUUGAUCAAGAAGUCAAAUGGAAAACCAAGCACCAAUGUCUUGAAUGUUAGAACAGUCCAUAUAAGAGACAAAGAUUGUCAACCUUGAAAACACAACCCCGUCUGAGUCAUUUUUACGGAAAUCUUUGUUAUAGAAACCUUUUCCUUGAGUUGCUUAUUCAAUUUUGAGAUUCUCAAGAUGUUCAAAGCAAAAUCUAUAGAAAGCAAACUGAGAAUAAUAGACCGCAUCAUGUCCUUCAGGCUACUUAUUCCAUAUUUUGUGUGUGUGGCCUUAUGGGACUUUCUGAAGGGUUGAAAAGGGCCUGGGACGUUACCAAAGCAAAGGUCAUUAUUUCUACCUUCUCUGAACUCCUGGGGAGUAUUAAAAGCUGACAGUCUGUGUAGGAGCCACUUCACUAUUAACAGCGAUGACUGAAAGAGUUUUUCCAUAUGGAGUGACAGCCCUCUGGGAGGAGAAGGCAGGGUUAAUGGCUAUAGAGCUAUAUAAUGAGAAUCAGCCAUAUGAAAUAUGUAUAGAGUAAUCGGUCCAGCAAGCCGGAUAGCUGCUGCAAUAUGACGUCUCUAGGGAAGAGGCACGAUGUCUCCAAGAGUAUGGCUCUGAAUUUUAAAACUGUAUUCAGGUGACACCCCAGUGCCCUUUAAAACCAACAGGGGACAUAUUUUUGUUAGUACAAUUCUGGUGGCCGCAUAUCAGCAAAAUAAAACCGGUGUUAUCUCAGUCAGUGGAGAGGAAAUCGUUCCAUGUAUUGAUGAAGAGAUGCGAUAAUUAGGAUAGGGAAUAAAGACAGACAGUUGAGUAAAUAAAGAUGUCAGAAAUACCCUGUGUCUGUCUUCUCAGCUGGAAAAGAUGAUGCACCCACUGUCAGAUCAAUGUCAUUACCACAAUUAAUCAUCCAAAUCCCAGGAUUGAUUGAUCAUGAGCUUGUUACAAUUUGAUUUCCCUUUUUUUUAAAGCAGCAGCAAUGUCUCUCAAGGGCAAAACAUCAUUAAGACAGACUGCGGUGGACUAAACCAUUUAGUCCUCAUUGCCAAGACAAGUCAAGCAAUCCUUGGCUGUCUGGCAAAGUAUCAUUAUGACUUGUGUGCAUCAUCAUCCCCAAGUGGCUCAGUCCCAACGGAGAAGUCAGGACUGAGAUGAUAUGUUAUGUAUUGAUUAGUCAUCAGUCAAAAAUGUAUUGGCAUCUAUUUGAAAAUCCAUUGCCAGUGGAAAUAUAUUUUCCACUCAGAGCUUGUAGUUUCCUUUCUUCAACUUGCCAUGAAUAUUUGCAUGGUUCUCCUCUUUCUCUCAUAAGAAAUACUUUGUUGUAUUUAACAGAUUUUAACUCCAGUCAGCACCACCCUUCCCUAAAUUUACCAAACCCCCUUCCCCCUCCCCAUGGGGCAUCUUUUCUACCCCACUAUAACCCUAUUACUCAACCCCCCCAUGACCCCAAGUCCAAAAACGAACCCUCCCCUCCAGUCAUUUUAUGCCAAAACAGGCUUUAAUGUCAAAGAGAGGGAUUCAGGUUUCGAGGGGUGAAACACUCAUUUUCAGAGCUUUCAUCCAUCUUAGAGAUGAAUAGCUCUACUCUGUAGAGACCAUUAACAUUUACCCAGCCUUAUUGGAGCUGCCAGAUAGACUGUGUGAGAAGGCUUAAAUGAUAAAUAUGCUGAGCUCUGCUGUCCCUGUGAGCCAGAGGAGUGAAGAUCCACUUUUAUGAUCAGAGUUAUGUCCUAUUACAAUGGAAGACACUGAUUAAAUGAUGAAAAGGUUAAAAAGAAAGUGAAUUAUAUGUACAGGGUUUUUGUCAGGGAAGAGCUUUUGUUUCAGUAAUCACAAGGCUUGCAUUUGUUAAAAAAUGAAGUAUGAAUAUACUUCAUUUAUUCCAUUAAAUUAAGAAUUGUGUGAUACUUUCUGCUGACCCUUAAAUUUCAUGAUUUACAAAAAUGUCUUAAAUGCCACUUCAGUCCAAUGAAUCAUCCAACCGCACAAAACAUUUAAUGCGAUAAACCUUGAUGUCAAACUUGAAGUCAAAGCAAAGCUCAUCAUCAUAAUAGAGAAGGUGUAAAGUUAGGACUGUCUAGACAUCUCGCCCAUCAACCAGCUGGUAUGAAAAUGAAUGCAAUCUGUGAUCUUUAAUGAGCGUGUUGUUUUCAUCAUAUAUAAGCAUAUGUGAGCCUGACAAACCUGAUUAACUUGUAAUAAGAAGUUUACAUCAUCAGCGCUGCAUCAACAAUCCAACGCACAGGCAUGAAAUUACAUACAAUUCCAUUUCUUGCAUGAUAGGACAAGAUGACUCUGGUAUUCUUCUCAUUGAUUUGCAUCUGUUAUCUGUUUUAUUUUGCAGGGCAAAGAAUUCUUCAUCAUAAAAGCAGUGUUCUGGAAACAGUGGUGCUCAUCAACCCUUCUGAUGAAGCAGUCAGUACUGAGGUAAAACCAGCUGUUUAAUUUUAAUAGAUUACAAAGCCUAUACCUUUCUCUGUCUGUACUCUGUAUUUCACCCCCUCUUAGGGCGAAGGAAACGCAAAUCCAUUACAAAUAUACAUUUCCAAACCAAUUACAGCUUGAAAAGGAUAAUUAUUCAGCCAUGACCCAUUCACCAUGGUUGGCCAGUCAUCCACCUGCUUAGUAUGAAUGGCUGUAUGUCGUUUUAAAUCUGGAAAAAAGGGAGCAAUUAGGAGUUCAAGGGACUGGACUAAUGCUUCAUUUACCAACAGAAUAACAAGUGCUGCAAUUUUCCUUUGGUUUUAGCAGAAAAACAUUUGCUCGAUUUAGACGGGUGGAAAGUCAUUGCAGGGUCAGGAGCACACAUGAUACACGAUUUUGUCCUGUGUCACUGCCUCUUUUCAGGGUUGUCUUCACCCCCUAGCCAUGUCUGCAGUCCUACUGUGCUUUCAUAAUAUCUCAGAGCACAGCAGGACUGACCUGGCUAGCUGCCCAUGACAGCUGAUGUUGCUGCAGUAGAAAAAUUGAGACUGAUGGAGUUUCAAGACACAAGACAUAAAGAGAGGAAAGGGAACUUGGCACAAUGUGCAAAAAAAGAACAAGUCAGCUAAUAAGCUAAUGGAUGUGGGUGACGUGAAACUGGAGAAAUUGCAAAAAUCAUUGAAUCAUUAAGCUGAUUACCAAGGCAUAAAAGCUUUGCAUUCCCUUUAUGUGUUGUAAGUAAUAUUGAAUUCCAACUAAAAUCAAUGGCUCACUCAACACAAAUGCAAUUUUCUUUUAUAAUUUCCAGGUUCGUUUGAUGAUCUCAGACACUGCCAGACACAAGCUUCUGGUUCUCUCAGGACAAUGCUCUGAAAACACUGGGGAAUUGAUUCUUCAGUCUGGAUCUUUCUCUUUCUUCAACUUCAUUGACAUAUUCACUGACCAAGAGGUGAGCAAAUAUGACUGUGCUAUAUCUGUAAGCACCCCAAAAUCCAUAUGGCUCAAAGCACUUUCAUUUAGUGCUUAGUUUUGCUUAGCUUUAGUUUUGGAGAUUCUGAUUACUAUAAGGUUUCGAUGGCUUGUCAUAAAAGUAAACUAAGAUAAAGUUAACCCUCUAGUCCAAGACAAUACAUAUAAAACAGGUGCUCACUCCAGCAUGCUACCAACUAAAGUCACUCAAUUUUUCCUCACGCACAGAUUGGUGAAUUGCUCAGCACCAUUCACCCAGCAAACAAAGCCAACCUUACACUUUCCUGCCCAGAACAAGGCUAUUGGAAAAACUCCAACUUGGACAAACACAACCUGCAGGACUUCAUCAACAUGAAACUAAACUCUGCUCUCAUACUCCCUGAAAUGGAGGGCCUCUCAGAGUUCACAGAAUAUUUAUCUGAAUCUGUAGAGAUCCCUUCUCCGUUUGACAUGUUGGAACCACCAACCUCAGGUGGAUUCCUCAAACUCUCCAAGCCAUGCUGCUACAUUUUCCCUGCUGGUCACGGUGACUCGGCUCUCUUCGCUGUCAAUGGCUUCAAUAUGCUCAUCAACGGUGGCUCAGACAGGAAGUCUUGCUUCUGGAAGUUAGUGAGACACCUGGAUCGAGUGGACUCCAUCCUCCUGACACACAUUGGUGAUGACAACCUGGCAGGCAUCAACAGCAUGCUGCAGAGGAAGGUUGCAGAGCUUGAGGAGGAACAGUCACAGGGUUCCACAGCCAACAGUGACUGGGUGAAGAACAUGAUUUCUCCAGACAUUGGUGUUGCAUUUGUGAAUCUUCCUGAAAACUUGGAUAUCCCUGAACCUAAUUACAGAGUGCGGAAGAACCUUGAGGAGGCAGCAUUAACAAAGCAGUUCCUCACCAAGCUAAAUUUGAGGAUAGAGCCUUUGCAAAGGCCUGUCGGGAAUGCAAUAGAACCAAUCAUACUUUUCCAAAAAAUGGGUGUCGGGAAGCUUGAGAUGUAUGUCCUUAAUCCAUCAAAGAACAGCAAGGAAAUGCAGUACUUUAUGAAACAGUGGACAGGUAGUGAGAAGGAUACCGCUUCCAUUCUGCUGCCAAACGGAAAAGAAUCUGAAUUCCCCGUCUCCUAUUUGACGUCAAUUUCUUCACUCAUUGUGUGGCAUCCUGCAAAUCCCUCAGAUAAAGUUGUGCGUGUUCUCUUUCCUGGAAAUACCACACAGCUACAGAUCUUUGAGGGUUUAGAAAAACUAAAGCACUUGGACUUCCUGAAGCAGCCAGUUUUCACUCAAAAAGCAAUGUCCUCUCCUAUGCCAUCGACACCAACACUAAAGCAAGCUAAGAUGAAACACAGAACAGACAGCAAAGAAAGCCUCAAGUCUACCCCAAAGGCAUCACCAAGCAAAAGCAUCAGGAAGGAAUCAAAGGAGGAGGCAUCCGAAAAGGCAAAGGCUGAUGCAGAAUCCUCUCAUGAAAAAAUACAAAAGACAGAGAAAAAAGACAAGCCCUUGGUGAAGAAAGAAAAGGCAAAGGUACCUGAGAAAGAAUCAAAACCAAAAGCAGAGCAGACAGUCAAAAGUGAAACUCCAGAAAAGAAGAGGGUUGUCAAAAAAGACAGCAAAGUGUCUGCAGAAAAGAAAAAAGAGGUGAAAAAAGAAGUGGCAAAGAAAGAAGACACUCCCAAACAAGAGAGUAAGAAAGAUGAAAAAGUAAAGAAAGAAGAGGCAAAGAAGGUCGUAAAAAAGGAUAUUAGGAGAGACUCGCCAAUGAAGGAGAAGAAGGAAGAGAAGAAAGACCAGAAGAAAGAUGUUAAAAGGCCCUUGAGAGAUGUAAAAAAGACAUCUGCUUCAGGUGAAGAAAAGAGUCUUCCACUAAAACCAAAGCCCCUAAAGAAAGACACAGCCUCUAAGAAAGAUACAGGAACCCCAUCAAAGUCUAAGGAGAAAGGAAAGUCAAAAGUAACAAAGGCCGAUAGUGAGAAACUUCCCACAAGUGCAGCUGCUGUUCCGGAUGAUCCAGAAGCUGUAAGAUCUCUGAUGUCUUCACCAGAGGACCUCACUAAGGACUUUGAGGAGCUUAGAGGAGAAGAGUUGGUGGAAGAUGAUGCAACUGUUCAACAAAAUCGGGACGAGGCUGUGACGAUCCACCGUGAGGAAAUAAUUCAAACCAAAGAGUCCCCUGAGACUGUGGAGUCUGUGGAUGAGGGUAUAACCACAACAGAGGCUGAAGGGACUCCAGAAGAACUAAUCCUCAAGGGGAAAAUCAAUGGUAGUGUAAGUGAGAAGUUUGAAGAUGAAGGCACAGUAAUGGAGGAGACUUCCGAGGGAGCAGAUUAUGAGGAGAAAGGAGAAGUUUAUGAACCACAGAGAGUGGUGCCUGAUAAAGAUACACCUUCUCCCACUAAAGAUGAGCAACAAGAGAAGAACAACGAAGUCAAACAAGGACACAGUGUAAAGGACAAUGAUGAUGUGGCUAAUAAAAAUCUAGUGAGCCCAUGUUUAAGUGACAGGAAAAUAGAGAAGCCAAAUCUCUUCGUAUCAGCCUCACCCAAAGUGUCCUCACCAGUUUCUCCAGCUGCAUCCAUCCAUGAUGAAAUGCUUCCAGUUGGCUUUGAGAGCUCAACAGCCUCCGAUGAUGAGAACAGAGAUGAACCCCAUGAGGAUUACACUGUCAACUCUGGCCACACUCAGUCCACCAUUGAAGUCUCCAGUGUGCCCACACCCAUGGAUGAAAUGUUGACUCCUAGAGAUAUCAUGAGCGAUGAAAUCACGAAUGAUGAAUCUCCUUCACAGGAUGUAGGCAAAUUAGGGACAUCAUCAUCUGGAGAGUUUGACAGGAAGAAGUUGUCUCCACUUCAGGAUCUCCCUGGGUCAGAUCAUUCACAGAGUGGUGCCACAGAAGGACACGACUAUAAUCACUCUGCUUCCACAAUAUCUCCUCCUUCAUUACUUGAAGAGGACAAAAUCUGCAAGGACUUCCCCUCAGUAGAGAAAGACAAACGGUUUACCCCAACUCAAGAAACCCACGAGAAGUUUGACAUCGACUUGAGCAAACUCAGUUCAACCUCCACAACAUCACCUCUUAUACGCUCUCCCUCAGUGGACCGCAAGGACAAGUUUGAAUCUCAAUCACUGUUUGCUGCUCCAAUUGAACUGUCCACCACACUUGCUAGUUGUGGCAGAGCAGCUAUUGAUUCCUCCAUCAGCCCAGAUGAUAAGACAUUGGAAGGAGCUAACUCCCCCCAGUCCUCAGGUCACACACCUUACUAUCAGUCACCGGUGGAUGAAAAAGCAGGAGCUAUACCACCUGUGUCAGAUUCCCAAGGUCCAAAAAUUGUAGAAGUCACAAGUGAUAAAGAGGAUUCUUCCAACAGAGUAACCCCAGAGCCUUAUGAGGCAGAACUAGGGAGUUCCUCACCUGAGGAGAGAGUAAUGUCCUCCCCUAAAAGUCCACCUCCAACUGGAACUGAUUCUCUGACAAAGACAGAAAACUCACCCUUUGACAUUGAUCAGAAGAAAACUGUAGAGAACAGCCAAUCAAUGUUGUCCUCAGCACCAAUCACCAAACAUGAUUCAGACAUGAAUCCUUUUACAUCUUUCAAAGAAGAGAGUAAAAUGUCCAUUUCAGAGGGUACCACAUCAGACAAGUCAGGAACCCCUUUGGAGGAAGUGGUUGCAGAAGAUACAUUUUCACACUUAGCCUCAGCAUCCACCGCCUCUCUGGCCACCAGCUCCUUGCCAGAGCCCACCACUGACUCUCCUUCCCUUCAUGCUGAGGUAGGCUCCCCUCAUUCAACAGAAGUGGAUGACUCCUUGUCUGUGUCUGUGGUCCAGACCCCAACCACCUUCCAUGAGGCUGAGGGAUCUCCAUCCAAAGAAGACAGCCCAAGACCCAUGUCUAUCUCUCCAGACAUCUCACCAAAGACAAAAAGCAGAACCCAAAUGCAGGAUGCAAAAUCACCAGAACAUUCCACCAUGUCAAUAGAGUUCGGCCAGGAGUCCCCUGACCACUCUUUGGCCCUGGACUUUAGCAAACAAUCACCAGAACAUCCAUCUUUAAGCAGCUCCCGUGCUACAGAGAAUGGUCCAACUGAGGUAGACUACAGCCCAUCAGAUGCAACCAAUGGAAGGCCAUCCACAGACCAGAGUUCAACUGCAGAGAAAUCUUUGCUUUUGGAAGAGAGUGAUUCAGUCCUUGCAACUUCUGCAACCCCAUCAGAUGCAUCCCAAUCCACUCCCUCAGUAACAACCCCAUGUCAAAUGACAGGGAUGCCACAUGCUGCCACUGAGCAGUCUCCACUCACCCCGAAAGCUUCCUCUCUCACCCAUUCUCCUCGUUCCAACGGUCCAUCCCCAGUGCUUGGAGGUACACCUGCUAAAGACAGAUCCAGUCCCAUUUCACCAACAGUGGAGAGCUUCUCCAAUAAACCUGAGACACAGCUAAAAUAUGACAAGUCACCCUCACCUCCUAAAGCUACUUCCCCUUCAUCAUCAUCUUUAACCUUUGCAAAAGGAGAGACCUUUUCCUCAGCAAAGGAGACAAAUCCCUUUAAAUGUGAGGACUCAACCCCAGAGGCAAAAUCCCCCAUAAGCCCUAAAGUUCCAUCCCCAUCAUACCUACCUCUCUCCUCUGAUCCAUGUAAUUACAACGCUGCCUGUGGUUCAAAGGACCCAGCCCUCUCUAAGAAGAGCCCGUCUGCUCCAUCCAAGACAGAUGUCGACCUCUGCUUAGUUACUUCAUGUGAGUACCGUCACCCAAAGACAGAGCUAUCUCCAUCUUUCAUCAACCCCAAUCCUAUUGAAUACUUUAUUAAUGAGGAGAAUGCCUUGAAUGAAGAGAAACCUCUGGCUAAGUCUGGAGGAGGGCCUCCACCCCCAGGAGGUAAGCUUUCCGCCAAGCAAUGUGAGGAGACCCCACCCACAUCCAUCAGUGAAUCUGCCCCCUCACAGACAGAUUCAGAUGUCCCACCAGGGACAGAGGAGUGCCCCUCCAUUACAGCAGAUGCUAACAUUGACUCUGAGGACGACUCUGAGACUCUGCCAACUGACAGAACCCUAACCUACAGGCAUGCCGAUCCUCCUCCAGUAGCACUCAGGGACUCUGCCCCAUCCUCAGGCCACCAUGAUGUCUGUAUGGUAGAUCCAGAGGCCCUAAAGGCAGAAGAAAACCUCCACAAUGCUAAUACAGAGGGAGGGGAAAAGCCCAAGAAGAAGAAGCUCACAAAAAAGGCCUCCUCACCCGCCAGGAAGACUGCUCUAUCAAAAGUGAAGGACUCAAAGACUUCCUCUCCCAAGAAAAGUGUUGGAGAAGGGAAGGAUGCCAAAAAUGCAACUAAUACCUCCGCAUCUCGAGGUGUAAAAAGUGCCACGACAGGUGAGUUCUGUUUUCAACAGUCAUAUUUCUGAAGUAUGUAACAUAAUUUAUUCAUAUACUAAGAACUUAUCUGACAAAGAAGUGGACUUUGCUUCUUUCAGGUACUGGUGGUGGAAAGGUAUCAGGUGGGGCAUUGCCAAAUAGUCCCCCCAUGUACAUGGACUUGGUUUACAUCCCUAAUCAUUGCAGUGCCAAGAAUGUGGAUGCUGAGUUCUUUAAGCGGGUUCGCUCCUCUUACUAUGUGGUCAGUGGUAAUGAUCAAGCAGCCCAGGAGCCCAGUAGGGCUGUUCUUGAUGCUCUGCUGGAAGGAAAAGCCCAGUGGGGAAACAACAUGCAGGUAAGGUUCAAGUUCUGGUUGAUUUUACAAGUAAAUGUGACAGUAGGACAUUAAAGUAGCAACCUUUUUACUAUACACAGGUGGUUUCUGCAUUUUGAGCUCCAAUUUGAAAAAUUGUCUGAUAACGGCUGCAGACACUGCAGGCAGCCUUGUCAGUCCUUCUGAAUAACCCAUUUUUCUCAUCUUAAUGACAGCAUACCAUAAAAAGUCACUCACUGGUGUUGGAUAAGAAUUUUGAUGUUAUGUAUCAGCAUUAAAUAUUGAUCACUGGCAAAUCAGCAUCAGCAUCCAUACUGGCCAUUAAAAAUGCUUUGUUCGACCUCUAGUUUGAGCUACCACCUACCAAGUAAGCAUACAGGUGCAGCUACUCAGCCCAAUGUCAGCAGGCAUUCAAAAAAACAGCAGAACACUAUUUUGGAGUAUGCAAAUCACAACAGACCUGGGUGUAACACUUAAAAUCGAUAUUCCUCUUCUAAAUCUUGUUUUCAGCUCACACUGGUGAAGCUGUAGCAACAGCAUUUAUUCGUGUGAUAAAUCCAAAGGUCAAGAACAUAGAAUACAUUUCAUACUUUUUGAUAAUAUAAACCUAAAAACUGUUUUGAAAAGAAAAAACAUUGGAAUAUGAAACAUGUUAUUGAAAUUGUUGCUUGAAAGCCCUACAUUUAAUGCAUCUACUUGCUCUGAACACAUUUUUGGUCGAUUUCAGAUCACCCUCUUGUUUGAUCUUUGGGGUAGGGGUGCAACAAAUUUCAGAUCAGCCUCAAAUCAUUUUUCUGUCAACAAUCUGACGAAUAAAUGUCUGCUUUUUCUGUAUUGUGUUGUCUGCACGAAAACACAUGAAUGUAAAGACAAAAGAUGAGAUAUUUUUCUCUUCUCUGCUGCAAGGUCACUCUUAUUCCUACCCACGACACUGAUGUGAUGAGGGAGUGGUACCAGGAGACCCAUGACAAGCAGCAGGAGCUAAACAUCAUGGUCCUGGCCAGCAGCAGCACUGUUGUCAUGCAGGAUGAGUCCUUCCCGGCUUGUAAGAUAGAGAUGUAGGCCUGCGUAAUGAGAGAUCAGGUUGCCUAGAGACUGAUAAUGAGAUGGGUCAUUAUCUGAGGCAGAAAACAAAUCCAUGUAGCACUGAACCCAAGCAGACAUUUAAACACUUAUAUGCUAAAAUGAUGCUUCUUGUAUACUAAUGCCCCAAAAUCAAUAUCAAUAUUAAAAAGGAAUAACACUAAUACAAACAAGCUUAGAGGGGCUUCAUGCAAAGUUUUCUAUGAAACAUCUUCAACUUCUGCAAGAUGUUUUCUUAUCUUAAGGGGUGAAUGGAUUUCACUGAUGAUGCUAUGAUGCUAAUGCAGAUCAAGUAAUGAUGUUGUUGUUGCUGUAUUGAGUUUCUUCUGCACCAAACAGAUCAAAAUAUCCGAGAUCUUAGAAUCAAUUUGACUGCUGUCAAGGAGCAAAUACCCCUGCACAUUGUACGUUCUCGAAUUAUGGCUGUUAUCCAAAGGAUAGAACAAGAAGUUUUCUGUUAUUGCCUUAGGGAGUCAGAUUGAAUGUAUACGAGCAGGUGCAUCGAGCUGAAGAGUGGGCGGAUAACUCCACAUACCAGAGGUCCAUCCCAGGAAUGGUCACAUACUUGAAUGAUGGUAAAUAUGAAAUAACUUGAAAGGAUACUCAACAUCAGCAAUGAUAUGAUGUCUGACUUUAUACUCAUCACGGGCCAAACAAAGUGCCCCUGCCAUCUGACAAUGUUGCUUUUGUUUUGAGGUCAGCUGGGUUUGAUUUGAUUUGAAAUGAAUGGAUGUCUGUUUGUAUGGUCUGGUUUGUUUUUCUGCUGAUGUAUGAACAUUUAUUCAAUAUGUUUAAUUUAAUUUAUUGUACUUGAUUGUCCAGAUUGCCUUUAACACUGUGCAACAGGAAGUUGCUUCAGAAUGCCCUCAGUUGUGUUAACUAUGUCCGGUCUUUAAAUCUCACAGUGCUUUUAAUAGGACUGCCUUCUGUUUCAGGGUUUCUGUUUUUGGUUAAUCAGGUUUUCGGUUAUUUUGUACGUGUUUACGUAUUUAUGUCGUCAUUGAGCAAUGGGGGAGCUGAGUCUUUGCCCACUGCAAAGCUAGCGAGGCAGGAAAUUUCAUAAACCUUUACAUGUUUUGUUUUUCUAAAGCAUUGUAUUAUAAUUAUAAAUAGCUUUGUGGGCAAGGGAAUGAUUGGAAGACAUGCAUGAGUAAUGAAGCGUCAGGAUUUUUUCCUCUUUGUUUUGUUUGCUAAGACUUGCAUCAAGAACAACAGGGCUAUGUAGGUUUAUUUUAUGAUUUUGGCAAGGUGUGCCAUGUCAUAGUAUACUUCUGCAACUCCAGCCAUUUUUAAUGGCUCUGUAUUAGUGUAAAUCACCUUUUUGGAUGGAGCACAGUGUAGAUUUUCAAGUUGAUGGAAGACAUUUGGGAGGCUAAAAAUUCCUUAACAAGAGAGGUUCCCCUCUUGGGCCAGGAUUAUAAGGAAACAGCCUCCAUUAGAGGCAUCAUCUUUAAAGAGGCAGCACACAAAGAUAAGAGAGCGAGAGAGAGAUUGACUUGUAUGUUUUAGAUGAGAGUAUGUUAAACUUAAACUUGACACUUUAAACACAAGCAUGACACACACCAAACUACAGUACAGAAGCCACAGAUCAACUACAACAGGCCAGCUUUUAGAUGAACAAAUCAUUCCUCGAUUUUUAACAGGCUUUGGGACUCUAUUCAAACAACUCACCAAGCUCUACAGAUAUUUCUCAAACUAUACCAGGUGUUCAGGAUUUCACUCAAAAACAGCUUUCCUGCAGGGGAACCUCAAACAAACACCAUGACAAACAACAAACCAACAAACUCUGAAGUGACAUUUCUCUUGAAAGGACAUUUCUCUUUUCUCCGUCUUCUUUCUCUACACUUCUUCUAUUUCUCUCUCUGGCUAUUAAUCUCUGCCUUCUUCUCCUCAUCUUUCUCUCGGGAGAACUUUAAUAAUGUCUGUCUGCAGCUGUGAGGUAUAUUUGUCUUGUGAUCUUGCAUCCUCUUGGCCCCUUUUUCCCAAACUCAUAUGUAACCUAUAGCGAUUAGUUUCAAGUGGAAUUAUUCCUUAGUGCUUUCUGAUGUUUGUGUGCAAUAUUUCCUCUACCCAUACAGCAAAUCUGAUGUAAGAGGAAACACUACUAAAGAACAAACAUUCAAAACGAACCACAAUAAAAUUGGUUGUGAAAAAGAACUUGCGUCUUUGUGUUUUUGUUCUUUAUUGAAGGUUUUUGUCAUGUUACACACAUUGUGAUGUUUGUCCUUCCUGCGUUGCUGUAGAAACAUGAUGGUGCAAGAAGGCUGCCUCCUUGGAAAGGGACCUGCUUCUACUUAAAUAUAAAUGCUCAUUCUAUGUUAACAAAAAAAUUGUCCAUUAUACACUUAAUUUAACACACUUAUAAAUAUUCAAUUUCUUCAAAGACUGGUCUGAUUAAAAACACAACCUGCUGUAUUUUUCAACCAGCUUUGCUUAGCUCAUUCAGUAGAGAAAGUUCACCAUCAACAGGGGCAAAUUAUUGGUUCAAAGGGACUCCACGCCCUUGCAUGUCUCAAAACUCGAAUAUAUCAUAGACUCAUCAUAAUCAUCACCCAUUUAUGGAAAGGAAACAGCUCUCUGCUUUCAAUCAAAGCUGAAAUCAUCAUGACUAAUACACCCUUUGUUACAGUAAUGGAGCGCAAAACAUCAGCUGUUAAUUGAGUAUCAUGCACUUACAGAUUACUGCAUAUUAAUGACAAUAAGGUCCAGGAGGGGGCUUGUUUCUGUUUGCCAACAGCAAAUAUACAGAAAAUAGAUAAGAAACUUAAGUUAGCACAGCGAUCAAACGUCAUAUCAUACUGAAACAUUAUUUAUAUUGAAGGAUAAUGAUGCUUUUAUGAUCAGAAUGACAGAGUUUUCAAUAGUUUUGUAAGGAAAAUAGGAUCAAGAAGACAAACUCGUGCUUGCAGGACUCCUGCAACACUUAAAUCUUUCUACAAUCAUCCAGCAGCACUAGUGUUGCUUAAAGAAAUUAUACCCUUUCCAAAUCGACACUGGGGGAGGCAUGAGAUUUCGUUUAUGUGAGCUAUUGUAAGAGAUUUGGGUUGCUCACAUUGACCAUUUCACUGUUAAAACUGGAAAAUAACAUCUAAAAAAUAAGAGAUUUGUUUGAAUUUGUGGACAUUCAUAACAAUUAAUCAAAAAUUGUAGCUGUGCUAGGGACAUAAAUCUAAAGAUGGCAAUGUUCGACAGUUUGUUUACCUCUUUUGUCCAGUCUCUAAUAACUUAAAUAACUUAAAAUGACAAAUUGCUAUAAUGUGUUCAUGACCCUGUAUGCAGCUGACUUCAGCAGAUUCACACUUUUGAGUUUUUGUGGUUUGAGAUGAGCAUGAGGGGAACAUAAAUAGCCUUUUUUGUUCAGUAUAAGAGCCUCAGCGCCCUGGGAGCGCAGUGAUACAAUAAAAUACCUAACAUGCAUUUUCUGUAUGGUGAGUACCAGGAGAAUACAAGCAAUUACAGAGCAUGUAAACUGUCUGCAGUUAGCACAAGCUGGAGACCCACAGGAUCAUGCAAUGGAAAAGAAAUGCUGGGCCACAGUACUGCUUCUAAUGAAGGGAGAGUGCCAUACUAAAAUUAACCAAAGCUCUGAACGGAAUAAUAGAUAAAAAAAUGUAUGAGUAAUGUUAGGACUUGAAAUUAGUUAGAAAUAUAUGAGAAAAAGCAAAACCCUUUAGCUACUCCAUCAUGUGUUGAACUGAAUAACCUCCUACAGUAGAUCAGACGCCCCAGGGAAACCAACUGAGACAGCAGCGACAGAACAGAGCAAAGCAGGGUAAGAGGACAUGUCUCUAUAAUUCAGCAUCCUUUUGUUGAGCAGUGGGGGACCAUGAGUCCACAUGCUUGACGUCUGUCGGCAAGUGAACACAAAGCUUGCAUGGGAGUCAGCCUCCUCAGCAAAUAAAAUGCACACCAGCCAGUGGGAAGCUUUUCCAUUGCCCCCCAUAUUGUAUAAUGUUAUGAUACAUAACUUAUGCAAAUGAGAGAGCAUCCCUAUGAGCAUCCACACCCAACAUGCAGUUGCAUGCAUUAAUGAUUUAGCUACACAAAGCCAAACAUUAUUGUCAUAUGCAUGCAUACAAAUGUAAAUCAGAAGUCUUUUAAAAUAUGGGAGAAAACCUGUUUAAUGUCUUUCAAGUCAAGGACUUUAGAGUUGUUACUCAUCAUGGCAGGGUAAUCAGGACCAGCUGUUUUAUCUCUGUGCCAAAAUACUUUCAGUGGGGACAUUUAUUAAUGAUAAUGGGACACCCCGGGCACUUUCCAAAACCAAAAGGGAAGUGCAAGCAGGGAUAAAUCAAAGUCGAUGUAAGAGCUAUCAACUGGGAAAUCACAGCCUGAGUGCCAAAAUAGGUCCUCGAACAAACAGUGCUUAUUCCCUAAUUGAUUUAUCACAUUAUUUGAGCGGGGUCACAUCAGCUGCAACCACACCAAACCCCCAACCUGUAGCUUUGGAUGUGUUAAAUGCUGCAAAAGCAGAUAUCUAAAUGCAUGCAAACAAAUAUGCAUGUAGGAAGGGAGAGAAACCAACCGAGACACACACACCUUGCAGGAUGCCAUAAAUUAUCCACAGCCUUUCGUAUGAUUGGUUGAACAAGCAAUCUCAGCUGGAUAGGCUCAGAUGUUGUUGCCAAGGCAACAGAGGGGAACCUCCCUGUCCCAGCCCUAUUUUUCUCUGAGUACAGUAGUCUAUCUAAAGGAGUUAAUUUGAGAAGCACCUUAAUCAGUGUGAUGAUUUUACAAGGUGGAUUCAACCCACUUCUUCAAGUCUGCGGAUGUUUCAUCUGCACAGACUAAAAACCCUUAACAGUAGAUCUUGUAUAGAGAAAGCAGAGGGGGAAAAACAACCAUGAGAUAAAUAAAUGCAUAGUGUUCAUUUGCUGAAGAUAUGAGAAACACCCCCUUUGUCCAGAGUCUCAUUGAAGUCUAUCAAAGCUUUGACAUGAAAAACGUAACAUCUGCUUCAGUUACCAUGAGUCAUGAGGAAACUAAAAAUAUUUCAGUAUAGACUUGAUUAGAAAAUUGAUGAUAACGGCAUGAUCUUUACCGAGCAGGACUCCUUGGUAAGGAUGUACAGCGGGUCCUUGGUUAUGUAAUUCUGUGUGUAGGUCAGUGGGUACACUUGGAUAACAGAGUUUAAUGCUGAGGACUUUGCUUUUAAGGAGGUAAAAAUACACAGCUUUUUAAGAGUAAUGAAUCUACAAGACUUUUCUGAAAUACAAUCAACUCAAAAAACAUUCCACAAGUAAUGUUGAACUGUAUGACUCUUCUUUGAUUUGGUCCUGUGGACUACAGAUAGAGUUUUUUAGUCAUAGAAAAUCUCAUUCUGCUAUUUUUGACAGUCAGACUGCUGAGGGCCUAGCAGUCUAAGUUACCUGCAAUUGCUGGUUUGAUUACCCUUUGCUGCAUGUGUUCCCCAAUCUCCUCCUCUUCAGCUGUCCUAUCUCAUAAUGGCAAAACUGCCCAAAUAUAUAACUUGAAAAUUUUUUGAAGCCACCAUGAAUCUUGGCAGGAAAAAAAAACAAACUUUAUUUGUGUAGCACUUUAAAAAAACCUGAUGUUUACGAAGUGCUUUGACAUGUAGUCAUAGAGCACAUGGAAAAAGACAAAUAAAAACAAAAAGCUUAGUAAAAAGGGAAUUGAAGGCCAUUUUCAUGUCAUUAGGAACCCAGACAAUACAAGAACAAUGCAGCAUAAAAUGAGACCAUGAGGACCAAAAUAAAAAAAUAAAAUAGUUAAGAAUAAAGGAAAAUGCAAUUGAAAGGGAGGACGAAAGCAGAAACAGGAUAGUAAAUAUAAAAGGCAAUAUCAACAAUGAUAAUAAAAUAAUAACAGGUAAUCCUGAUAAUAAUAGUAAUGAUAAAAUAGAGCAAUAGAAAUGAGCAAGAGAUAAAACGAUAAAAGGCCUAAAAGGUUAAUUAAGAAAAGAGUACAAGUUUAACAAAAAGCUAAACAGACGGUAAAGCUAAAAUAAGAUAAAGGUAAAAGAGAUGAGAUGACAAAUAAAAGACGGCAUCACAUUAAAGCAAGUCUAUAAAAGUGAGUUUUUAAAUUAAAUAUGAAUAAAAAUAUGAAAAGGGGGCUGUUUCUGCAGGGUGUUUUUAAUCUCUUCAUCCUACACCUUACCCCCAGCUG